AUGAGCGUAAAUGACUUGCCUAAGGGCAAUCAAAAGCGCAAAGUACUGAUCUGUUUAUUACGUUUGGAUUUGCGCAUUCACGAUAACCCUCUCUUUCACUAUGCACAUGUUGCAUCACAUCAAGAUUUGACAGAUUCAGCAGACAACUACAACUCAGAAAAAUCUCAUGAUGAAGACACCUUAGCCUCCACAGCUGAUUACCUUAUGCCAGUAUACGUAUUCGAUGAAAGGGAGAUCGAGCUCAGCGGUCUUCCAGACUAUCAAAGGAAAGGGCCUGAAGCGCGCACUCAAGUUUACGGAUUCUGGAAGACUGGUGGUUUCCGUGCACGAUUUAUCUCUGAAUCUGUUUAUGAUCUCCGACUUCGAUUGCGUGAAGCUGGUUCCGAUCUAUUGAUUCGCUUUGGUCGACCGGAAGAUGUGGUUGAAAAUUUGGUAAAGGGCUUCAAAGAACAAGGUGAUGAGGUGGAGGGUGUCUGGAUGCAGAAAGAAAUGACAUUCCAAGAGAUUCAAGUCGAAGGAGAGAUCGCAGACCGAUUAAAGCGAACAAAUACACCCUUGCGAUUCGUUCACGGCAAGACACUCAUUCAUCCAUCCGAUCUUCCUUUUGAGAUUGCAGAUACGCCAGACGUUUUCACUCCCUUUAGAAAGCGUGUUGAAACUCUAGGACCGCGCAUGGUACGUCCCUCAUUAGCAGCCCCUUCAACAUUCAAAGCCUUCCCGCCUAAAGUUCCUUCGAUACCGGAUUAUGCUCUCGAUGUUUCGUACGAAGUUGAUGUAGACGGUCUCUCAUCUCGCGUGCCCGAAAGUCAAGAAAAGACAGAAGGUCAAAUUUCCUUCCACGAUAUUCUCCGUGGCUUGCUUCGACCGUUGAACGACACCGCUUUACCAUACUCUCUCGAAGGAUCCGCGUUACUGCAACAAAGACAUUCAGGGUCUGCAUUCCCGCUUCGAGGAGGAGAAUCAUCGGCUUUGGAACGAUUGGAAUGGUAUUUUGUCCGUGGCAAAUCUGCUGACUCAUCCAGAUGGGGCAAAGCUGAUCCACCACCAGUAGCACGGUAUAAACAAACAAGAAACAACUUGAUCGGACAUGCUUACAGUACAAAGAUGUCUCCCUUCUUGGCAUAUGGAAGUAUCAGUCCUCGUGUCAUCUGGGAAGCAUUGAAUGCACAUGAACGCAAAUUUGGUGAAGAUCAAAAUACGUACUGGGUCAGAUUCGAGUUGCUCUGGCGUGACUACUUUUUCUUUGUCGCUGAAAAGUUUGGCGAUCUUCUCUUUGACAUUGGUGGAUAUGAAAAGGCCACCGAUCCAAGACAAGCAGAAAAGAAGAUGCAACCCGGUUGGUGGAAGAUGUGGGAUCCAGUCAAAGAUGGAGCAGAUCAUCAUAUUACAAGAUUAUUAGAAGGUCGAACGGGAAUACCUUUCAUUGACGCAAACAUUCUAGAAUUACGUGAAUCCGGUUUUAUGAGUAAUAGAGGAAGACAAAACGUUGCUAGUUUCUUGUCAAAGGAUUUGGGUUAUGAUUGGAGAAUCGGAGCAGAAUUUUUCCAAUCUCAUUUGAUCGAUUAUGACCCUACGAGUAACUAUGGAAAUUGGCAAUACGUUGCAGGUGUAGGAAACGAUCCGCGUGCAAGUAGACAAUUCAACUGCAUCAAACAAGCAAAAGACUACGAUAGUCACGGUGAAUACGUCAAGAUGUGGAUCCCUGCCCUUCGAAAUUUGCCGGUCGAUAUUCUUCAUACCCCUUGGUUGAUGGAUGCAGACGAAAGACGGCGUUAUGGACUGAAGACGACAACCAUGGACGUAACGAUGGACGCUUAUCCUAUGAAACCAAUCAUUGAAAGCGAGUCAUGGAGAAAGCAUUACGAUCGUAAAGAAGGUGUAGGAAGCAAAAUGUACGGUAAUCCACAAGAGAAAGUCAAAGACGGUAAAGUGAAAAGGUACAAAAAGCCAGGUCAAGCUCGACCUCAUGGUUAUGGUGGACCUCCGCAAUACUACGGUGCUACGGAUUAUGUGAGUGCAAGUGCGAGUACAUAUGGUCCCACAGCAAGUUAUGGAAUGCCGGCUAGUGGCAAUGAACGUGAACGAAAUGUGAUCCCACCUCUACGUGGAAUCCGUGGCUCGAUCGGUCCUGGUGCUUCACAUGUCCCACUACGUACCGGAUCUCCUGGAUCAAACUCUGGCUAUGCAACACCAACGAACAAUAAUCGAGGAUCCGGUCGUGGAUUCGUAGGUGGCGUUUUGGGCGGAGCUGCAUCAACAUUUUCCAAUAAUGCUCCAUCUCAAUUGAGCGCUGCUGAUAGAGAAACUUCUUGGAGACGUGGUGGUGGAGGAGGCAAUGGAAAUCAUGAAGGAAAUGGAGGAGGAAAUAAUGGCAAUGGUAGAUCGUGA